AUGGAAAACCUAUCCAUUUCCGAUGCCCCUCCGCCUGUCGGACCGGGUGCCCAGCAGCCUUUUGCUCAGUUGCCGCCACAGAUGUUCACUACGGCUGCGCAGCUUUUGGAUCUCACAGACAAAAAACUCAUGGUGGUUUUGCGUGACGGAAGAAAAUUGAUUGGCGUAUUAAGAAGCUGGGACCAGUUCGCCAACAUUGUUCUCCAAUCAACGACGGAGAGGAUAUUCGCUCCCAGAGUAGACAAUCAUGACGCUCAGCACCCAUACGGCUACUACGCAGACAUCCCUCACGGUAUAUUUCUUGUGAGAGGCGAGAAUGUGCUGCUACUAGGAGAAAUCGACCUCGACAAGGACGACGAUGCGCCUCCGGGAUAUGAGUUGGCGGAAGUGGACGUUGUGAAGAAGCUCGCCGAGGCGAAGAAGGCGGCGGACAAGGCCAAGGAGAAGUCUCGGCUGAAGAAGCUCGUCAAGAUCGGGUUUGAGGGCGAGAAUCUGGGUGACAUUUUCUUUUAA